ACCACAUCCGGGGCCACGGCCCGACAGUCACAAUAACACCAACUGCGCAGAUGCGCGAUUCGGCGGGGGAGGUGGCUUUCCUUGACAGCGCCUGCGCAGACGCUCUAGCUCCCAUCCACCCAGAGGAAAGAACGCUGCGUCAAAAAUACCUCCGGAUCUCCCGGGCUCUAAGCCCGAACCGGAGCUGCGCACGCGCAGUUUGCAUGACUGAAGCCAAACGAAUAAGGAAGUACCAUCUCCAGAACUCACUUCUCAUUGGAGCGGAGAAAGUUCGUGGGCGGAGCGGGUUGUUUGGCGCCUGCGUGGUGCGGUGAGCGGGCUGGCGAGCAGCGGCUUUGCUAGCGGGAGCGGCUGAAGCGCCGGUGCCUGAGGAGCGAUGCCGAGGGAAAUCAUCACCCUACAGUUGGGCCAGUGCGGCAAUCAGAUUGGGUUCGAGUUCUGGAAACAACUGUGCGCCGAGCAUGGUAUCAGCCCCGAGGGCAUCGUGGAAGAAUUCGCCACCGAGGGCACUGACCGCAAGGACGUCUUUUUCUACCAGGCAGACGAUGAGCACUACAUCCCCAGGGCUGUGUUGCUGGACCUGGAGCCCCGGGUGAUCCACUCCAUCCUCAACUCCCCCUAUGCCAAGCUCUACAACCCAGAGAACAUCUACCUGUCCGAGCAUGGAGGAGGAGCUGGCAACAACUGGGCCAGUGGAUUCUCCCAGGGAGAGAAGAUCCACGAAGACAUUUUUGACAUCAUAGACCGGGAAGCAGAUGGCAGUGACAGUCUAGAGGGCUUUGUGCUAUGUCACUCCAUCGCUGGGGGGACAGGCUCUGGCCUGGGCUCCUACCUCUUAGAACGGCUGAACGACAGGUACCCCAAGAAGCUGGUACAGACAUACUCAGUGUUCCCCAACCAGGAUGAGAUGAGUGACGUGGUAGUCCAGCCCUAUAACUCACUGCUCACACUCAAGAGGCUGACCCAGAAUGCAGACUGUGUGGUAGUGCUGGACAACACAGCCCUAAACCGCAUCGCCACAGACCGCCUACACAUCCAGAACCCAUCCUUCUCCCAGAUCAACCAGUUGGUGUCCACCAUCAUGUCAGCCAGCACCACCACCCUGCGCUACCCUGGCUACAUGAACAACGACCUCAUUGGCCUCAUCGCCUCACUCAUUCCCACACCACGGCUCCAUUUCCUCAUGACUGGUUACACCCCCCUCACCACGGACCAGUCGGUGGCCAGCGUGAGGAAGACCACGGUCCUGGAUGUCAUGAGGCGGCUGCUGCAGCCCAAGAAUGUAAUGGUGUCCACUGGCCGGGAUCGCCAGACCAACCACUGCUACAUCGCCAUCCUCAACAUCAUCCAGGGGGAGGUGGAUCCCACUCAGGUCCACAAGAGCCUGCAGAGGAUCCGGGAACGGAAGUUGGCCAACUUUAUCCCCUGGGGCCCAGCCAGCAUCCAAGUGGCCCUGUCGAGAAAGUCUCCCUACCUGCCCUCUGCGCAUCGGGUCAGUGGCCUCAUGAUGGCCAACCAUACCAGCAUCUCCUCGCUCUUUGAGCGGACCUGUCGCCAGUAUGACAAGCUGCGGAAGCGGGAGGCCUUCCUGGAGCAGUUCCGCAAGGAGGACAUCUUCAAGGAGAACUUUGAUGAGCUGGACACAUCCAGGGAGAUUGUGCAGCAGCUCAUCGAUGAGUACCAUGCCGCCACGCGGCCAGACUACAUCUCCUGGGGCACCCAGGAACAGUGAAUCCCCUAGGACAGAGACCCUCAUCUGCCUUACAGGUUGGCCCAGGCCCUGCCUGACUGACCACCUCUUCAGAGCACAGAUCAGGGACCUCACACAUUUCUUUCUCAUAAACACAUACACAUACUCUCUGUUGGCCUGGGGACACACUUAUUUCUCCUCUUGUGAGACUAUUUAUGUUUAAUAAAGCACUGGAUAUAAAUCAAA